AUGAAGUCUGAUAUAGAACUACCCAGUCAAAAUCAUGAUGUCCAACACAGAUCGCAAAAUGCUACUGAAGAGUCGCAUGAGGGACUGGGCGCUUGGCUGCUGGCCCUAGGUGCCUGUCUUGUUUACACAGCGACCUGGGGUCUGUUGAGCGCCUAUGGCUCGUACGAAAAGUACUAUGAGACAACCAUGUUGUCUUCUACUCCCUCAACCAGCAUCGCAUGGGUUGGCACGCUAGAAAGCGUCAUUCUCAUUUUAGGAGGAAUCGUAACCGGGCCGAUCUUCGACCGUGGAUAUAUCCGAGAGCUUUUGGUGAUAGGCACGAUAAUCACUGUCUUGGGCGUCAUGAUGCUCAGUCUGGCACGUGAAUAUUAUCAAGUCCUCCUGGCCCAAGGAAUCUGUGUCGGUGUCGGAAGCGCGGUCCUAUAUGUGCCUAGCAUAAGCCUCAUCGCAUCCAAGUUCCAACGCCGUCGACCCUUGGCCAUGUUCGUAGCCACUUCCGGGACAGCAAUAGGUGGAAUAAUCUACCCGAUUAUAUUCUCCUCUCUGCAGCCGAAACUGGGCUUCGCAUGGGCAACACGCAUCCUCGGCUUUGUGACCCUCGGCGAAUUGAUAAUAGCAUUGGCAAUCAUCUUACUGUGUACAAAGAAGAGUCCCCAUACCGUGCGCUCCCUCUUGGACCCAACAGCGUUCCGCGACCCAGCAUUCAUGGCCUUCUGCGCCGCUCUAUUCCUCAUGUGGAUAGCCUACUGGGUCCCCUUCUUCCUCCUCCCCACCUUCGCGCAGUUCAAAGCUGGUGCAAGUUCAAAUCUAGCCUUUUAUGUGCUGGUCAUCUGCAACGCAGCGACAAUCCCGGGUCGAUACAUAGCCGUGCCGCUUUCGAACAGAUUCGGACCCGCGCGUACUAUGGCUGGCUUUGCGUUAGCGUCCAGUGUCCUACUAUUUGGCUGGAUUGGUGUUCGUACUGUCGCGUCUACUAUCGUAUGGGCGGUGCUGAUCGCAUUAUUCAUGGGGCCGCUUGCCGUGUUGUAUCCGAUCAUUGUGCCCCAUUUAUCGCCAAAUAAAGACCUUGUCGGGACGAGGAUCGGCAUAUCGUCUGCUGCUGCUGCUCUGGGGACUUUGGUAGGGUUUCCGGUUACGUCUGCGCUGAAUGAUAUUGAGGAUGGGGUAUUUUGGAAGAGCCAAUGUCUGAAUGGCUGUUGUAUGCUUGCGGGCGCUGCUCUGAUGGUGUAUGUCUACUACAAGAUGCCUAGAACAGCUUGA